GCUCUUCCGUCGUCAGUUGUACGCCAGACUCGAACGUGAACGUUUGUCGUAUUUUUGUUUUUCGAAACGAUGCCACCCAAAACUAGCGGUAAAGCAGCUAAGAAAGCCGGUAAGGCUCAAAAGAAUAUCUCGAAAAGUGACAAGAAAAAGAAGCGCAGGAGGAAGGAGAGCUACGCAAUCUACAUUUAUAAAGUGUUGAAGCAAGUACAUCCCGAUACUGGCAUUUCUAGUAAGGCCAUGUCCAUCAUGAAUUCCUUCGUAAAUGACAUCUUUGAAAGAAUAGCUGCCGAAGCUUCUCGCUUAGCCCAUUACAAUAAAAGAUCGACCAUCACCAGUAGAGAAAUCCAGACUGCAGUGAGGUUGCUUUUACCUGGUGAAUUGGCUAAGCACGCCGUUAGUGAAGGUACCAAAGCCGUAACUAAGUACACCAGUUCCAAGUAAUUCAUCUAACUAGCGACAUAUUCCAGGAAUAAACAAAUCGGCUCUUUUCAGAGCCACAAA